CUGAGAUUGGCGGAGGCGAUCAUGUGGGCGGUCACGUGCUGCGGCGAGCUCCGUCCAAAAGAAAAUGGGGUUUGGUGUAAAUCUGGGGGUGUAAUGUUAUCAUAUAUCACGCUACCUCGUAAAACCGACACUGAAAGCUGCCGGACAACAAAUCACAGGUCAAAAUUAUGAGUUCUUCGUAUUAUGUGAACGCUCUUUUUAGCAAAUAUACGGCGGGGGCUUCUCUGUUCCAAAAUGCCGAGCCUACUUCUUGCUCCUUUGCGCCCAACUCGCAGAGAAGCGGCUACGGGGCGGGCGCCGGCGCCUUCGCUUCGACCGUACCGGGCUUGUACAAUGUCAACAGCCCCCUGUAUCAGAGCCCUUUCGCGUCCGGCUACGGCUUGGGCGCCGACGCCUACGGCAACCUGCCUUGUGCCUCCUACGACCAAAACAUCCCCGGACUCUGCAGUGACCUCGCCAAAGGCGCCUGCGACAAGGCGGACGAAGGCACGCUGCACGGUCCGGCCGAGGCCAAUUUCCGCAUCUACCCCUGGAUGAGGUCUUCAGGGCCUGACAGGAAGCGGGGUCGCCAGACGUACACGCGCUACCAGACGCUGGAGCUGGAGAAGGAGUUCCACUUCAAUCGCUACCUGACCCGGCGCCGCCGCAUCGAGAUCGCUCAUGCGCUCUGCCUCACCGAGCGCCAGAUCAAGAUCUGGUUCCAGAACCGCCGCAUGAAGUGGAAGAAAGAGCAUAAGGACGAGGGUCCAGCCGCAGCCGCAGCCCCCGAGGGCCCCGUGCCCGCUGCAGCAGCCACUGCCGCUGCGGCCGACAAGGCUGAGGAUGAGGAUGACGAUGAAGAAGACGAGGAGGAGGAGGAGGAAUGAGGGGCCCAGCCCGGCCCUUGGCUGCACCAGACAGUCAGGAAAGCGUCUUUAGAGACUCACCGAUUUUAUUUACAAAAGUGGAAAAAUAAAAAGAAAAUGUUAAAAAAAAAAAAACAACAACAGUCCCCAACCUGUAACCCCAUCGACCCCAUCACCCACUCUAGCUUCCAAUUUUUCUGGACAGCAGCCGCCUAGACUGGGUCCCCAUGGGGAUCCUCCCUGCCUCCGAGGACCCCCAGCAGACACCCCCUCAUCCUCAGGCCGGCUGGCUCUGAGCUGGCAUGGCCAAAAUACUACCUAGCACAGGCCUCGGAGAGAGGCACCCCCAAACUACCUACGGGCCCAGUCCCAGCGGGCCUCCGCUCCCAGGAAGCCCCGAGUGUCCCAACACUGGCAGACACCCAGCACCUCCCCCACACCGUCAAGGACCUGACUCUCUCAGUACUACCUACUUGUCCCAAACUACCUAUUUUGUGCUCCCUGGCUUGCCUGCUACCUAGUGCCGGCCCCGUCCCAGGCCAGGCCCCUGCUGCUUGCAGUUGGCAGCCUGUGGGGUCCCUGAGGCUGCGCUGAGAAGGUGCUGGGGUCUGGGGUCCAGGGCAUUGGCUUCUAUUUAAAUUGAAAAAUAAUAUAUUUAUUCCAAAGCAUUCUAAGUGCUGCAACCUAGAACCCCUCUUCUCUGGCCUGGGUACUCCAAGUUCAGGCCCAUCACCCCCCCCCCCACUUCUGGAGGGGAGCAUUCCCACGCUCGCUGCAGGUUCCCAAGUUAGCCUCUGCUUAGUAGGACUGCAGAGAUGCUCCCAGCCUCCUUGCCCCUCCCUGCCCCCUCCCGCGCCUGUGUUCUACUGCCCAGCCAUGUUGAAUAUGUACACCCUGACUUUUCCUACAAUAGCAAAUAUUGUAUAUUUGAACAAGAUUUUUUUGUCAUUUAUAUAGUCUCGGAGCUCAUUUGUAAGGCAAUGUCUUGACUUGGGAAGGAUGUGUUACUGGGGUGACUUUGUAGCAUGGUGUGUUGUCUUGAGCUAACUCUAUAGCAGGUGGGGAGAGCCAAUGCCCUCUCCAGUGCCCUUCAUCUCCUGUGUUGUCCUGCGUCCCCUCUUGUACCCCUCAGCGCUAGCCUGGGGUUCCAGGAACAGGAAGGUAUGCUUCCCGCCUGGCCCAGCUAACGGUGUUUUAUGUAACAGAAAAAUAA